UUUUUGACGUUUUAAUAUUGUGUGGAGCAAGUUACAUAAAAAGGUUUGCUUGCUUGAUUUUUAAUAUUUUAUAAGGACGAAGCCAUGUUGCGCUCCGCUGCAUUAAUUUUGGCGAACAAAGCCCCCAAGUUAAGUGGGAUUCCAUCAACGACUGGGGUUUUUGGGCCAGCUUUAAACAAUUUAAUCGUUCGUCAACAACAGACCAUGCCGGUGGUGGACUCUAACUCAUCAUUGCCUAAGAAAGGUUACAGUCCCUUUGGCACAAAACAAUCAAGCAUGGCCGAGUGGUCUUUAGCCCGUUUGGAUGACUUGCUGAAUUGGGGUCGUAAGGGCUCUAUUUGGCCAUUGACAUUCGGAUUGGCCUGCUGCGCUGUCGAAAUGAUGCACAUCGCUGCACCUCGUUAUGACAUGGAUCGUUAUGGUGUAGUAUUUAGAGCUUCACCACGUCAAGCCGAUGUAAUUAUAGUAGCUGGAACAUUGACAAACAAGAUGGCCCCAGCUUUACGUAAAGUUUAUGAUCAAAUGCCCGAGCCCCGAUGGGUAAUUUCAAUGGGAAGCUGUGCCAACGGUGGCGGCUACUAUCACUAUUCGUACUCUGUUGUUCGUGGAUGUGAUCGCAUUAUACCAGUUGACAUAUACGUCCCUGGUUGUCCACCCACGGCCGAAGCAUUAAUGUAUGGCGUAUUGCAAUUGCAAAAGAAAGUUAAACGCAUGAAAACCUUGCAAAUGUGGUACAGAAAAUAAUUUGUUAAAUUAAUUUCUAUAGCAUAAUACUUUUAUGUGUCCGAGAUAAAUAAGGAGCAACUAUACCAACUGUAAAGGAUUAUACCCUAUCAGCGCUGAUAUGAAGUAAAACGAUAGCCGAUUAAAUAAACAAAAAUAUUCUCUA